CGUCGAGUCCUGCGGAUGCCGUCUCCUCUGCUCCAACACCCACAUGCCACGGCCUCACCACCUGGUCAGGCCACGCGUAGCCGUCGGCACUACUCGAGUCGGUAGUCGGUAGCAGCAUCCGCUCCAUCGAUCGGCCAUGCCAGUGCCAGCCGAGCUCUCGCCGCCGUCCCCUCACGGCGCGCCGCGGACCAGAGCCGGCGAGCAGGACGACAGCACGCUUCCUCCGACGGCGGCCGCCACCGCCACGGCCACGCGGGGCGGCACUGGCAGGAAGCGCCGGCGCGGGGCGCGGGACCCGCGCGCCAGCUGGGCCUGGGAGACGGAGUGGGACCGCGCGUACCUGCUCGCCUGCGCGGCGGGGCUCCUGGUGGACCCGCUCUUCCUGUACGCCGUCGCCGUCAGCGCGCCGCUCAUGUGCGUCUUCCUCGACGCCUGGUUCGCGGCCGCGGUCACCGCGCUCCGGUGCGCGGUGGACGCCAUGCACGCAUCCAACCUGCUGCUGCGGCUCCGAGGGGCGUGCUCGCCGAGGCGGGAAGACACGGACGAGGAGGAGGCGCAGCCGGGGCGCGACGGCGGCGUGCCGGGACGGGGGACGAGGUCCAAGGAGGGGGUUUUCUUGGACGUGCUGGUCAUCCUACCGGUGAUGCAGGUGGUCGUCUGGGUGGCGACGCCGGCGAUGAUACGCGCCGGGUCGACGACCGACGUCAUGAUCGUGCUGCUGACGGCGUUCCUGCUGGAGUACCUGCCCAAGAUCUACCACGCCGUCCGCGUCCUGCGCCGGAUGCAGGGCGUCUCCGGCUACCUCUUCGGCACCAUCUGGUGGGGGAUCGCGCUCAACCUCAUGGCCUACUUCGUCGCCGCUCACGCGGUGGGCGCGUGCUGGUACCUGCUCGGCGCGCAGCGGGCCACCAAGUGCCUCAGGGAGCAGUGCGCCCAGGCCGGGAGCGGGUGCGCGCCCUGGGCGCUGGCGUGCGCGGAGCCGCUCUACUACGGCGCCACCGCCAGCAGCGUGGGGGCGGCCAGGCUCGCCUGGGCCGGCAACGCCACGGCCAGGGGCACGUGCCUCGACAGCGCCGACAACUACCAGUACGGGGCCUACCAGUGGACUGUCAUGCUGGUGGCCAACCCCAGCAGGGUCGAGAGGGUUCUGCUCCCCAUCUUCUGGGGGCUAAUGACUCUCAGCACCUUUGGGAAUCUGGAGAGCACGACGGAGUGGCUGGAGAUCGUGUUCAACAUCGUCACCAUCACCGGCGGGCUGAUUCUCGUGACGAUGCUCAUAGGGAACAUCAAGCAGGUGUUCCUGAACGCGACGACGUCGAAGAAGCAGGCGAUGCACACGCGGCUGCGCAGCGUGGAGCUGUGGAUGAAGCGCAAGGACCUGCCCAGGAGCUACCGGCACCGGGUGCGCCAGUACGAGCGGCAGCGGUGGGCGGCCACGCGCGGCGUCGACGAGUGCCGCAUCGUCCGUGACCUUCCGGAGGGGCUCCGCCGGGACAUCAAGUACCACCUCUGCCUCGGCCUCGUGCGCCAGGUGCCGCUGUUCCAACACAUGGACGACCUGGUGCUCGAGAACAUCUGCGACAGGGUCAAGUCCCUCAUUUUCCCCAAAGGAGAAGUUAUUGUCAGAGAAGGGGACCCAGUGAAGAGGAUGCUGUUCAUCGUGCGUGGCCACCUGCAGAGCAGCCAGGUGCUCCGCAACGGCGCCGAGAGCUGCUGCAUGCUGGGGCCGGGCAACUUCAGCGGCGACGAGCUCCUGUCGUGGUGCCUGCGCCGGCCGUUCCUGGAGCGGCUGCCGGGGUCGUCUUCCACGCUGGCCACGCUGGAGAGCACGGAGGCCUUCGGGCUGGACGCCGCGGACGUCAAGUACGUCACGCAGCACUUCCGGUACACCUUCACCAACGACAAGGUGCGGCGCAGCGCGCGCUACUACUCGCCCGGGUGGCGCACGUGGGCGGCCGUGGCGGUGCAGCUCGCGUGGCGCCGCUACAAGCACCGCAAGACGCUCGCGUCGCUGUCGUUCAUCCGCCCGCGCCGCCCGCUCUCGCGGUGCUCGUCGCUCGGCGAGGAGAAGCUACGCCUCUAUACCGCGCUGCUCACGUCGCCCAAGCCCAACCAGGACGACCUGCUGUGACUGAGAUGCAUGCCUGCAGUCUGAACAACGCGCGUCUGUUCAGCGGAGUUGAAGCAAAAUGCAGCGAGAUGGAAGAAGCUGGUUCUCUAUAGUAAAAGUGCAUGUCAGAAAGAACUUGUUGGGCCGUGUCCCUCCGUGUAUGUAGAGCCCAAGAGACAUGUAUAUUUAUGUGUACUGUAUCAGCUGCAAUAGAGAGGGUUCUAGAGACUUCAAAACCCUACCUCAACAUGAUAUCAGAGCCAAAGCGCGGCGGCGUGCUACUGUAGCAGCGACGACCUACGCGGAGCAGGCGUGGCCGACGGCGAGCUUCAGACUGUGCAGGACGCGAGUAGAGCGGUCUGCCGUGCUGAAGGAAGGAGGAGGUGAAGGUGGGGCGGCAAGCGCAGCAAGAAGCAGGCGGGGAAGACAGAUAUCUGGCACCGCGUGGAGCUUGGAGGCACCACCAGCUUGGACGCAGCUGCCUUCGCCGGCGCUGGCAUCGACUAGAAGGAGACGUAGGCCAGCUCUUGCUCUGGAAGAAGGCUACCGCCGUCGAGGGCCAGCUCGACCCGGCAGCUGCUGCCAUCAACUUGCUCUGCUCCAACUCCAAGAAGACUGCUGUCGGCUUUGGGUUCUUACCCAUCGGAACACAAGAGAAUGGGAGAGAAUCAAGGGAUUGAGCAAGUUCUUGGUAAGUUGGUUGAAUUGUUGUCAGCAAGAAGGGACGAAGCUCCAUCUUCAAGUAAGGAAAAUAUUGUCCAUAUAGAACCAGUUCAGAAGCUAGAGCUGAUGCCAAAUGAGGUUAAACUGGAGGGGGUAAAGAAUUAUUUAGCUUGGUCUAGGAGAGCCUUGCGAUUAUUGAAAGCAAAAAGACUCGAGGGCUAUGUUGAUGGAACUGUCGUUGAGCCCAAAGACAAGCCAAGUGCUGAAUGGAAGGAUUGGGAUGCUAUAAACUCUUUGGUAGCAGCAUGGAUGUUAAGUUCUAUGAUCCCAGCAAUUGCUAGCACUGUUGAUACAAUUAUAAGUGCUGCAGAAAUGUGGAAAGCGCUUGAAGAAAUGUAUUCGGGAGCUGGAAAUGUUAUGUUGAUGGUGGAGACUGAAGAUCGCCUCCAUAAUAUCAAACAGGGGGAGCGAACUGUGGCGGAGUAUGUUCAGGAAUUACAGUGUUUGUGGGCUGAUGUUGACCAUUAUGAUCCUAUUGAGCUACCACACUCAGAGUGUGUUGUUUGGGCAAAGAAAUGGGUGGAAAUAAGACGUGUGCUUCAAUUUUUAAGGGGUCUAAACCCAGAGUUUGAGGGAAGACGAGCCUCCAUGUUUCAUCAAUCCACUCUUCCUAGCCUACAAGAGGCAAUAGCUGCUAUAUCCCAGGAGGAGUCACGACUCAAAGUGAUGAGGGAAAGUCCUCCAGUGUCAUCUCACCCUGUGUUUUCAGCUAUGAGAACUAAAGAUGCUAGAGAGUGUUACAAUUGUGGUGAUGUUGGACACAUUGCUCGUAAUUGUACUAAACCUUUCAAGUUUAACCGCGGGAGAGGAAGAGGGGCUGCUAGAGGUGGUAGAGGUCGUGGAGGUAGAAGUUGGGCAAGAGCUAAUGCAACAACUACAAAAGAAGACCUUGAGAUCUUUAUGGAGAAUGAAGCUGAAACAAAGUCGACUGAGCAACAUAAAAUUCCUGGAAAUAAAAAUCAGGAGUCCUACACUAGGGAUUUUGUCAACUUCGCCUACACAGAUGAAGGAGAGGAGAACAGGGAAAAGACUUGGGACAGCUACCAGGCGUAGUGGAUUAUGGUAUAUGGACCAUGAGGAGACAGAUGAUACAAGAUGCACUAUGUUGGCAACGAAGUUGGAAGAGAAGGAAGUUGUAGUGAUGCUUUUGCAUUGUAGAUUCGGGCAUCUCUCUUUUGAUAAGAUAUGCAAAGUUUUUCCCGAUGUAAUGUGUGGGGUGGACAAAAGCAAGCUAUUGUGUGAUGCCUGUGAGUUUGCAAAACACACGAGGACAUCUUAUAUAAGUCGAGGUAUCAGGAAUAUAUCUCCUUUUGUGCUA